GCAGGUGUGCUUGGGUGGGACUCUGCCACACCUGCUGAUUUUAGUGCUCCCCUGGCCCAGGGCUCAGAGCAGCAUUCGUGCCCCAGUUUGGGGGCAAAGACAAAGUUCCUUGUGUGUGUCACACCCGCAGGUUUAGGAUGUCCUCCAGCCAGGACGUGUCCCAAGGAGGCUGUGCCAGCUUCUGGGGAAGGCCCCGUGCCCUUCCUGCUGUGGCUGCGUCGGCAGCCCUGGGGGCUCCUUCUGCUGCCCUGAGCCCACAGAGCAGGGCAGCGUUUGCUGAUGGUUGGAGCUGUUCCUAAAGAUCCUGUGGGGAUGUCUCAGACACUUGGGGAGAGGGAUUCCUUCCAGCCUGGGCCAUUUUGGGUGGCCCCAGGGCAGGUGGCAAGGUGUGCAAGGGCCCUUUGUGACACGGUGCAGCAUGGUCACCAUGGGAUGCAAUGGGACAGGGUGUCACACGGGCCCUUUGUGACACGUGGUGACAUCGGUGCUGGCAGCAGCCACACCACAGUGUGCUUGGAGCACACAACGAGACAGGACAGGAGAGAGCGGUGCUGAGAGGAGCCUCCCCACAGCACACUCGUUUCUGUCAGACUCGGAGCUUUUCCGUGGAGUUACUCCUGCAGGUGACCUCGUGGCAAGACUGCGGGACUUGGUGCCCCGUGGCCUUCCCGAGGCUUCUCUUUUGCAGGUGCCCUCACGGAACAACUGCAGGACUCAAAGCUUUCCUGAGGCAUCUCUCGAGGACAAACUGUGUCAUGGCGGGCAGUUUCCUUGGCCUCUUCAGAGUAUUCAGAGGGAAGAAAAAGAAAGGCCCUGGAGCUACCCCAGAACAACAGCCUGAAGAGCUGGAGCAGUUUGAGACACUGGAGGAUGGUGAGUGGUAGAGUUGGGCCCCAGGGCUGAUGGCUGCAGCCAGCUUGGCCCCAUCCCAUCCCACCCCAUCCCAUGUCAACAGGCCCAUGGACAGGAUGGAAGAGGGGCCGGGGCUGCCCUCCCCGCAGUGGCCGUGCUCCAUCCCCUGGGGCAUCCCGGGGCUGUCCCUGCCUGCGGAGCCCAGGGCUGGGCUCUGUUCUCUGGCCUCUCCCACAGCCCCUCAGCUCUGGCUGCGCUCACUCUUUGCCAGAUGCAGCCAUGGACCGGACAAAGGAGCAGGAGCCCGCCCGUGGCCGCUUCCGCAGGACACUGAAGGUACCUGCAGCCAUCCCCACCUGGGCUGGGGCUGCUCUCACUGCUCAGCCCAGCACCGCGCUUGGAGCACUCCAUGGAACGUGUCUCUCUUCCCUGUCCUUGUUCUCCUGCAGAUGUUCCGGAAGUUUCUGCACACUCGCCGUAGAAAGAGCAGCACUACAGCAACUGAGGGCAGAGCUGAGCCUGACUCAGGGCUGACUGAGCUCCAGGCAGAGUCUGAUCUCAGCACAGAUUCGUCUGAGUGCUCACAAGACUCUGAUGCUGAAGUGAAUGAUGACUGGGCAAAGGCUGACAUGGCACUGACUGAGGAUGUGGCAGUCACAAAUACUGACACCAGAGAGACUCAGGGCACAAUAAGGACGGAAACCAGCACAGAUUUGUCUGAGGAAUCAGAAGACUCUGACACUGCAAUGAAUGAUGACCUGGCAAAGGCAGACAUGGCAGUGACUGAGAAUGUGGCAAUCACAAACGCCACCACUGACACCAGAGUGUUUCAGGGCAUCACAAAUACUGACACAAUGCCCACUCCCACUCUGAGUCAGGAAAUCAUACUGGACUAUUUCAAGGACCCCUGUGUUUCUUCUCAGCAGCAGGUAAGCAGCCUGGGACCAGGAUGGGAGACCUCUAAGGAUCAUGGGCCCCCUCAAGCCAUGGCCACUGGGCGCCCUCAGCCUUUGAGGCCAGCACAGUGUGCUGGGAAGGGAAGCUGAGGAAGUUGCCUCCUUGGACAGCACUCCAAGUCUUUCACAUGCCUCCUCCAGGUGCCAGCCAUGAUAAAGGACAUUCACCAGACUCUCAUGUCCCAUGUCACUGUGGAUGCCAGGCUGCAAAUUGACAUUGUGAGGCUGGCUGAAGAACACCCAGCUGAUGUGGUGCUGACCCUCCUGCACUGUGCCCCAACGUGUGACAGGUACAGGGUGUACCUGCCCCGAGAGCUCAGGGCUCAGCAGCCUUUAGGGCCUAUCGCCCUGCACAGCCUGUGCAAUGGGGUGUGCCAGACAGGCAGAGAGGUCCAGGACCCUCGGGACCUUCUGUUUCCUGAGCCUGCUGCCAAUGCUCCCUCCCUGCCCUUCAGGGCACCGGGGCUCUGUCACCUGGGCCCCAGAGCUGCACGGGGCAUGGCAGUGGGACAGAGAUGCCCCUGACACAGAGCUCUGAUCCCACAGAGCUGCUGCAAUCAUCUGGAGAGCCAUAGGAUCGUCGGGACCAACAGUGGAGAAGGUGCUGGCAACACUGGUCUGUGUAAUGGAGCACUGGCCUCUGCACAGCAUGUGCACCUCUGAUGGGGACAACAAGGACGUUUUUGCCCUGGCUGUGAGUUUCUGGGCCUUUGCUCAGCCCCAGGUCACCUCUCCAGCAGCUCUCCAUCCUCUCCCUGCCUCAGGCUCUGAAACCUGGGCUAGGGGCAGGCUCAGUGGGCACCAGGCCCGCUGCUCCCCCUGCGUCUCCUCUUGUGACCUGACACCUCGGCACUGAGCGCUGCCUCGGGCUGCUUCUAUUUCAGGCAACUCUGGUGCUCUGGGUGAUUGUCCAGGAGCCUGAGUGCCACGAGGCAAUGAUUCUUUAUUCCUCCCGUCUCUUUGUGGCUCUGCUUCUCCAUGUUGUCAUCACCACACAGCAGAUGCCACCCAAGGAAGUUGAUAACUUCUGGACAGCAUGCCGGGAGGAACACCGCCUUCCCAGCAACCCCAACAGGUUCCAGUCCUCCCGUCCUUGCCAUGCCCUUGUGGCCAGUGCCAGUGCCCCCAGUGUGACCUGGGCUUUCCUCUGCACACAGGUUUGCAGUGCAGGCCAUGAAGGCUCUGCUCUACCGGCUGCAGUGUGACAGAGAGGUGAUGGCCAUGGAGCGCAAGCGUGGCUGGGACACGCUGCUCUGUGCUGACACCCAGCAUUAUGCCGUGGGUCUGCUGGCCAGGGAGAUGCGCCGUGUCUUGAUCCCCUUCUGUUCCCACAUUGCAUUUCACCUGCUCCGGCUGCUCAGCACAAAGGAGCCACUCUGGGAUCUGCCUUUCCUGGCGUUCCUUGUGGAGGUGAGCCUGAAGGGCAGCGCUGCCUCUCUGAGCUGCCUCCCAGCUCUCUGCCCUCUCAUAGUCGCAGCUGACUGGGACGGUGCCCGUGCCCUGUGCUGCUGCCUGGGCCCGGCCCUGUGUGGUUCUGGGCUCCUGCCAGCCGGGUCCCCUGUCACU